GGGCGGAUCGCGAGCCCUCUGCCCGCUGCACUUAGACCUUGGACUGCCGAUGGCUUUUUGGGCUGUAAACAAGCUGCAUCGAGAAGGUCGUCUGCAGAAGUCGUGGGGAACUGUGGGGACUGCCCUGAGGACCACGUAAUCUGGAGGAGCGGGUCCCGCGCUGCAGCCGAGCCAUGCGCGUCGCCGUCGUCGGGGCCGGCGUCAUCGGGCUCUCCACCGCCCUGUGCAUCCACGAGCAGUACCGCUGGCUGGUGCCGUCGCUGGAGCUCGCCGUCUACGCGGACCGCUACACGCCGCGCACCACCAGCGACGGGGCCGCGGGGCUCUGGCAGCCCUACGCGCACGGCAGCGGCGACCUGCGGGAGACGCUCUGGAACAAGGAGACCUUCGACUACCUCCUGGGGCACCUGGGCUCGCCGGAAGCAAAGGAAAUGGGACUUUUCCUCGUUUCUGGCUACAACCUCUUUAAACAGCCCGUUCCGGACCCAUCGUGGAAAAACAUUGUCCUGGGGUUUAGGACCCUGACGCCAAAGGAGCUGCAGCUCUUCCCUGGCUACAGCUACGGCUGGUUCAACACGGCGCUGAUGCUGGAGGGCAGGAGCUAUCUGCCGUGGCUCACCCGCAGGUUAACGCAGAGAGGAGUGAAGUUCUUCCAUCAGAAGAUCGACUCUUUCCAGGAGCUCUUCGCCCAGGGCGCGGACGUGGUGGUCAACUGCACCGGGGCACGUGCGGGGCAGCUGCAGCCCGACCCAGCGCUGCAGCCCGGCCGCGGGCAGGUCAUAAAGGUCCGGGCUCCGUGGGUGAAGCACUUCGUCGUGACUCACGACGCCGAGUCGGGACUCUACAACUCGCCCUACAUCAUACCCGGGAGCGAGGUGACCGUGCUGGGCGGCGUGAACCAGCCGGGGAACUGGAGCGAGGAGAACAGCGCCCGGGACCACAGGGCCAUCUGGGAGUCCUGCUGCCGGCUGCUGCCCGCUCUCCAGAAAGCGCCGAUCGUGGAGGAGUGGAGCGGCCUGAGACCGCUGCGGCCCCGCGUUCGCCUGGAGAGGGAGGCCGUCGGGCACGGGCACGCGGAGGUGAUACACAACUACGGCCACGGCGGCUUCGGCAUCACCAUCCACUGGGGCUGCGCCAUGGCGGCGGCCCGGCUUCUCGGCGGCAUCUUGCAGGAGAAGCAGCAGCUCGGCCCGCCGCGGUCCCGCAUCUGAGCUGCCCGCUCGCCCUGCGACGUUUUCCUUUAGAAACGAUGGCAGAAAGGCACAAAUAAAUCACACGUGGGCUGUUCGGA